AUGUCUGUCUGUGAGGAUAUGCUUCUUUGCAAUUAUCGCAAAUGUCGUGUCAAGCUUUCAGGCUAUGCGUGGGUCACAGCCUGCUCACAUAUCUUCUGUGACCAACAUGGCAGUGGAGAGUUCAGCCGAUCGCCAGCAGUCUGUCCAGCUUGCACCAGUGCCCUCUCUGGCAAAUUGGAUAUUGUUCGAACAGAGCUCAGUCCUUCAGAGGAAUAUAAAGCCAUGGUAUUAGCUGGGUUGCGCCCAGAAAUUAUUCUAGAUAUCAGCUCCAGGGCUUUGGCUUUCUGGACUUAUCAGGUCCAUCAAGAGCGUUUGUAUCAAGAAUAUACUUACAGCAAAGCAGAGGGCCAUCUGAAGCAGAUGGAGAAAGUCUAUACCCAGCAACUCCAGAGCAAAGAUAUGGAGCUAAUAUCAAUGAAGAGUGAAAUCUCUUCCUUAAAGAAAGUAUUGGAGGAAUAUAAAAAGAAAUUCACCGAGCUCUCAGAGAAACUCAUGGAGCGUAAUCGUCAGUACCAAAAACUGCAGGGCUUGUAUGACAGCCUGAGAUUACGGAAUAUUGCUGUAGCCAAUCAGGAGGCAAACCAAGGGGCUCCCAUGAUGCCUCAACCUGCUGUCUUUGGUUUCCCUCUGGGUAACGCUGCCAGGCUCACUGAGAACACUACACCUAUCCAGGGCCAGCAUGGUGAGGGGGACUUCCAUUUCAAACCUUUCUUUGCCUCCUCUUCACCCAUCGGCGAGUCUGCCAGUGGCUUCUUUUCCUUUGCCUCUCCUGACAAUUUGGAACACUACACAGGAGGCAGCAGAGCGUAUAAAAUUAAGAGAAUGUAA